UGUAAAGCAGCGUAUCAGAGCCUCCUCAUCGCAGACCAGCACUGUCGGACCAGGAAGUACCUGCUGUGUUUGGCGAGCGGCGUCCCGUGUGUGUCUCACAUCUGGGUGAGAGACUGCUGCAAAGAGAACAAGCUGCUCAACUACAGGAACUACCUGCUGCCCGCCGGCGUCGGGCCCGACGACGCCAUCGUCGAGUGGCAUCCACGAUGUAGCCCGUUCAAGUCUCUGCGGGUCCUCCUGGUGUUCGAGAAGCCGGUGGAGCUCUGGGCUCAGCUGCUCACCAUGGGUGGCGGUUCUACGGUCAGACAGUUCCAGGCAGAGAAGGACAGCUCAGACAUUCCUGCUGGCAAGUACGACGUUGUGGUGACGGACCGCGCCUGUCCGCCAUCGGUGGAGAAAAACAUGACAUCGCAGGAAGUUCCGCUGGUGUCUCCUGAGUGGAUCAUCCAGAGCGUGAUCCGCGGGGAGCGCCUGGGUUUCCACGGCAAGCCUCAGUAUCACCACGACUACGCCUCCUCAUAAUCCGACCAUCCUAAAUGUUCAACAUAAGUUGUCUUGCAUGCCUCUGUAUAUAACUUUAUCCUGUCUGUUUUUAUGGGAUAAUAAAUUGUGACUCUUGUUUCAUUUUAA